UGUCUGCUACCAUGAUUCUACGAAGAUCUACAAUUCCUGGGGACUUGUUUCCCUGACAUGGCUAGCCUUGCUUUUAGAUGCCGUAGCAGUGCCGCAGGUAGAUACUUUCCAUCUACGCGCAUGUGCAACAUCGAUGCCACAAGCCCAGGCGUCCUCUUGAAGCUCCCUAUGCCCCUAUACAUUCGACAUUCCCGUAGUCUUGCGCCAGUAGGUAAAUACGUAUUCGCAAUGCAUUGCUCAGUGAUGACCAUGUUGAAUCUCAUAAAGCCAUGCUGUAUCGUGGUCACAAACCUACGCCUUACCCGCCAUUCUGCUGCUAAACAGAUUCAGGUUGCGGAUCCGGGGUUAGCGCGCCUCUUUCUCCGCACCGGCGGAGACAAACGAGUGAAUCAGAGUCGACGUCUCUUCUACCCACGCAGGGCGCUCUUACAAUUCCCAAAAGCAGGGCUGCUGGCGCCUAUCACAUUCGAUGCGCGGUACGAUUUGCGGCUUGUCAUUGAAUUUAGCCUCUCGAUGCUCUCACCUUGCUAUCUCUUAUCUACAUGCGUUUCUCCCCACGUCCCUCGCUCGAGGGCUUCCUACAGAGCUUCGUUAUCAAGCAUACAUAAUCUCUGACGAUUCUGCGUUAUCUCCUUGGCAAUCGGUGACAAGCUUCGCAACAAGCUUCGCGCCAAGUACAAAUCCAGCAAGGAGUCCUCUUGAAUUCACGAUUCACCACUUCACUGCGUCCUGUGCGACCUGACCCUUAUCUCAGCCAGUCUGGAGCCCAGAGACAGCAGACACCAUGGAGUCAGAAACAGAGAAGAAGAUGACUCCGUCCGUAUCUCCCGAUGUCGAAGCAGUGCACAACUCGCCCAUCGAUGAAGACGCCUUGAAGCUGGCGGAGAUGGGCUAUACACAAGACAUGAACAGGAACUUUAGCGUGCUGUCGGUUCUCGGCGUUGGCUUCUCCUUGACGAAUUCGUGGUUUGGCAUCUCGGCCGCUCUCAUCACCGGCAUCAACU